CUCAUCUCGAUUGUCAAGCCAGCCCCAACACCUUUAUUUAAUUUUGAGCCUUCAACAUGACCUCCAACCCCUCAGCCCAGCACACACUCCUUCAAAUCAUCACGAGCGACCACCGUGAUAUCGAAGCCUUCUACAACGAGUACCUCAAGAACGCGGGCAACAAGGACGGCCAGACAAGAUGGGCAAACCAGCUGACCUGGACCAUCGCCAGACACUCAAUCAGCGAAGAGCUCGUCGUCUACCCUCAAUUCGAGAAACACCUCGGCGACAAGGGACGCGCUAUGGCCGAGCAGGAUCGUCAAGAUCACCAGUUCGUCAAAGACCGCCUAAAGCUUCUCGAAGAUAUGGAGGUCGGGUCUUCGCAGUACGAUGCUACGCUCAAGGAGAUCAUGACUGAGCUGAAGAAACAUAUGGCUUCGGAGGAGACCGAAGACUUGCCCCUACUCGAACAGAAGCUUGGAUUCGAGAACUCUAUCAGCGUCGCGAAGAGCUUCGAAAGGACAAAGAACUUUGUUCCGACCCGAUCCCACCCUAACGCUCCUGCUAAACCCCCCUUCGAGACUUUGGCUGGUCUGCUCGCUGCCCCAAUCGACAAGCUGAAAGACGCGUUCUCCAAGUUCCCUUCCGACCAGGCAGUGGAAAAUGUCUCGCAGUCUGCGACUACCACUGCUGCACGGAACUGAGUAAAUUGGAACUCUUUUCCGGCCCCUCCUAUCAAUCCCAUGCGUAAGACUGCUAGCUCAGGCUGCAGCAUGAUGCUACUGAGACGUGUCGAUUGUGAUUGUUGCAAACCAGAUGUAAUCCAAGUAAUGUCAUUGUACGGAAUAUAUUUUAUGACAUACGAUUUCGAACGUUGGAAAA